GCAGGUUUGCACUCCAUCGUAGAGUUAAAAAUCCAAACAAGAAGAGGAGGCUGAGGGGAGACCUUAUCGCCCUCUACAGCUGCCUGAAAGCAGGCUGUGGUGAGGCUUCCACAAUGUUUGCCCAGUGCACCCAGAAGUGUGCGAGCUCCGUGCUGCUGAUCACGCUGCUGUGCUGCAUCCUUUCUCCUCCAGCACAAGCCAGCAAGAGCUCGGAGGACAUCCGCUGCAAGUGCAUCUGCCCCCCGUACCGGAACAUCAGUGGGCACAUUUACAACAAGAAUGUUUCGCAGAAGGACUGCAACUGCCUGCACGUUGUGGAGCCAAUGCCGGUGCCAGGGAAUGAUGUGGAGGCCUACUGCCUGCUGUGCGAAUGCAAGUACGAGGAGCGCAGCACCACCACCAUCAAGGUGAUCAUCAUCAUUUACUUGUCCGUGGUGGGGGCACUGCUGCUUUACAUGGCUUUCCUUGUGCUGGUGGACCCUCUGAUCCGGAAGCCAGAUGCUUACACCCAGCCCCUGCACAACGAGGAGGAGAAUGAGGAUGCUCGCUCCUUGGCUGCAGCCCCCACCCCGUCUGGCGCUAGAGCCAACACGGUGCUGGAGAGGGUGGAGGGGGCCCAGCAGCGCUGGAAGCGCCAGGUGCAGGAGCAGAGGAAGACAGUUUUCGACCGCCACAAGAUGCUGAGCUAGAUCUUUGCUGAGCUCUGCA